CCCGGCAGGAUUUGCGUGGGGCUGCGCAGGCGCAGGCCCCUGGCUGUAUACCUCUUCAGGCUGUGCCCUCUGUGCAGGUCCAGAGCCUCUGCCCCAAAAGGGUCUGCAGUACCUGGUGCUCCUGUCUCAUAGGCACAGCCGGGAGUGCAGUCUAGUGCCUGGGCUUCGGGGGCCUGCAGGUGGCGAUGGGGAGCUUGUGUGGGAGUGUUCAGCAGGGCACACAUUCUCCUGGGAACCUUCUUUGAUUCCUACUCCCGUGGAGGAGCCCAAGCAGCACCUCCUUUCACACACUACUGAGAGGACCUGGUGUUCAGGGGCCAGGAGGAAGGACCCUGAGGGUUUGGAAUGUGAACAGCAUGAAAAGACUCAAGAAAGCAGGCUGUCCAGGGGAGUGGAAUCCCCACUGGAGACCUUCCCAGCCCCGGGAGAGGAGCAGGAUGUGGAAGAGGAUGAGGAUGAAGAGCCACUCCCUGAACAGCCCAUGGAGCCACUCAGUGAUGCCAGCCCAUGGACCUCCAGCUCCUCCCCAGAUGACAGUGAACCAGAUGUUCCUAAGCCACCUCCAUCCCCUGUUACCCACACACCUAAGGAGGGAGAGAUCCCGCCAGUACCUACAAUUCUCCCUAGUCCUUGUGCUGUUCUUGCCUCUCUGGGUUCUACAGCUGCUCUGACAUCAGAAGCUGAGGUGCGGCUAGAACUCAGUAGGACCCCUCAGACCUCUGUAGAGCUGCAAAUGAUCGAGUCUCUGGACAGCCCUGGGAGUCAGGCCCAGUCUACGCGAUGGGAUGAGGAUACUGCCCAGAUUGGACUCAGGAGAAUGAGGAAAGCUGCCAAAAGAGAGCUGAUGCCUUGCGACUUCCCUGGCUGUGGAAGGAUCUUCUCCAACCGGCAGUAUUUGAAUCACCACAAGAAGUACCAGCACAUCAACCAGAAGUCAUUCUGCUGCCCCGAGCCAGCUUGUGGGAAGUCCUUCAACUUUAAAAAGCACUUGAAGGAGCAUGUGAAGCUGCAUAGUGAUACCCGGGACUACAUCUGUGAAUUCUGUGCUCGCUCUUUCCGUACUAGCAGCAACCUUGUCAUCCACAGACGAAUCCACACAGGAGAGAAGCCCCUGCAGUGUGAGAUAUGUGGGUUCACUUGUCGUCAGAAGGCCUCUCUAAAUUGGCACCGACGCAAGCAUGCAGAGACUGCUGCUGCCCUGCGCUUCCCCUGUGAAUUCUGUGGCAAACGCUUUGAGAAGCCAGACAGUGUGGCAGCUCACUGCAGCAAAAGCCACCCAACCCUGCUCCCCACACAGGAGUCACCUGGCUCUUUGGAGUCUAGUCCUAGUGUCUCUGCUGCUGAACCCCUGCAAUCUCCUGAGGGGCCAAGCCUUUCCUCCUCUUCUGACUCUAAUCCUGCCCCUUCAACAGCCAGCUCUUUACAACCUGGGGUUCUAGACCCCAGGGAUUCAGAGAAAAGUCAGAUGGUGGUCCCCAGGAACUAGGUGUUAGGAGUGAAGUUGAAGGUAGGGCAUGACUGGGCUCUAGACUUAGCCUUCCUAAAGGAAACAAUAAAUGGUUUUUUUUAUACAAGUGUGGGCACAGCAUAUGCUUUGGUGCUACAGAUUUAAGAUUCUGGCAAUCUUUGGAAAACAGAUGUUAGCUGUGCCAGAGUGCAGCACAGAAGCUGACCCCAUUCAUAUGCCCAAUUUCUUUCUAGACUUUAUCUGCCAUGGUACUAGGGGCAGGCUGGACCAGGAGGCAGAUGACUGUCUGUUGUCUAGCAUUUGCCUCUAGCUGAGCUCUGCAGUUUGGCCCUCUGUUAUAGAGCCAAGCCCUACAGCAGAACAACUGAACUAGCCUACAGUAGAUGGGCUUUUGAGGUAACUGGACUGUAGGUCAUGACUUGUCAAUGAGUUGAUCCUUUGAUAAGUUCAUAGCAGAAGGCCUAUUAGGCAGUGAGGCCACAGUCCCUGAGGAAGUGCUUUUGAAGGGUACUCUGGUUCUGUAUCCUUCCUGUAUUUCCUUGCCCCGAAGUAGUUGGCCUCCCAUGCCUUUACACUUUGCUUCAGGCUCACAGAAGUGGAACAAGUUGACAACAAAAUGACACUAUUGAAACCAUGAGCUAAAAUAAAUCUUUAAGUUGA